AUGGCGAAGCGCGGGCCGACUACAGGGACGCUGCUGCCGGGGGUCCUGCUGGCCCUGGUGGUGGCCCUGGCGGACCGAGGGACCGCCGCACCCAACGGCACGCGGCACGGCUGGGACGGCCUGGUGGCCCGCUCGCUGGCACGCUUGCCGGUGGCCGCGCAGCCCCCGCAGGCGGCAGUCCGCAGCGGCGCAGGGGACUACCUGCUGGGCCUCAAAAGGCUGCGGAGACUGUACUGCAACGUGGGCAUCGGAUUCCACCUGCAGGUGCUGCCCGACGGCCGCAUCGGCGGUGUGCACGCGGACACGAGGGACAGCCUUCUGGAGCUCUCUCCCGUGCAGCGGGGUGUGGUGAGCAUCUUCGGAGUGGCCAGCCGGUUCUUCGUGGCCAUGAGCAGCAGGGGCAAGCUCUUCGGUGUGCCUUUCUUUACCGACGAGUGUAAAUUCAAAGAAAUACUUCUCCCCAACAACUACAAUGCCUACGAGUCCUACGCAUACCCGGGCAUGUUCAUGGCCCUCAGUAAGAACGGGCGGACCAAGAAGGGGAACCGAGUUUCGCCGACCAUGAAGGUAACCCACUUCCUUCCUAGACUGUGA